AUGAAGUCGGAUAGCCUAGCAACAUCGAUGGAAGACCAACGAGAAGACCAGCAGGAUCUGGAACUACACCGUAUCCAGACCAAUGCGUCGGAGAAAGUCGUCAACACUAUGGGAACAACACGGAGACGACUUGUAAUGCUCUCGCUAUGCCUGUCGCAAUUUCUCGCCGCGAUCGACAUCACAAUUGUUGCGACGGCGCUUCCAACUAUUGCAAGCAGUCUGCACGCCAACUCUGCACAGUACACAUGGGUCGGAUCCGCAUAUAACCUUGCGAGUACAGCAUCAACACCACUCUGGGCCAAGUUGUCAGAUGUUAUUGGAAGAAAGUCUGCGCUUCUGGCAGCCAACGCGAUAUUUCUUGCAGGCAGUCUGCUGGCAGCUCUUGCUCAUUCGAUUGUGGUUCUCAUUGGAGGCCGCUGUUUGCAGGGUAUUGGAGGAGGAGGCAUGAUGAUUCUCAACACCAUCAUCAUCAGUGACAUCUUCCCACUGGAGGACAGAGCAAAGUACUAUGGUUUGUCCGCAAUUGUGUGGGCUAUCGCGAGCGCACUGGGUCCAAUGCUCGGAGGUGUUUUUACUUCAACGAUUGGCUGGAGAUGGUGCUUCUACAUCAAUCUGCCGCUCGAUGGCAUCUCGCUCGUCUUGGUAGUCCUUUGUCUCAAACUUAACAUCAAAAGAGCUCCCGCCAAAGAAACGCUUGCUAGCUUGGAUUAUGUUGGGUGCAUCACCAUCGCGGGAGGUGCUAUCCUCUUUCUGUUUGGUCUCGAAAGCGGAGCCAGUCAUCAGCAUUCGUGGACCUCGGCCUACACUCUGGGCAUGCUCAUCGGUGGUAUCUUUCUCCUAGCUGCAUUCAUGGUAUGGGAGUGGAAGUUUGCCAAAGUUCCGCUUAUCCCGAUCCAAGUUUUUGCCUCACGCACGAGUAGAGCUGCUCUCGCUGUGGCUUGCUGUCACAGCUUUGUCUUCAUCGGAUUCGACUUUUACCUCGCGCUAUACUUUCAAGCGGUGCUUGGUCGCUCGCCAAUCAUAUCUGGUGUACUUCUCUUCGCCUUGAUCUUGCCACUUUCGGUAUGCACCUUCCUGACCGGGAUCGUGAUCCGCAAGACUGGAAGAGUUAGACCGGUCAUCUGGUUCGGAUCCUUUUUCAUGACGCUCGGUACCGGUCUCUUCAUCGACUUUGGUCCAAAGAUGGUACUCUGGAAACUUAUUUUGUUCCAAAUCAUCGCCGGUAUUGGCGUCGGACCACUUUUCCAAGCACCCAUGAUCGCACUCCAAAGUGUAGUGAAACAGAGAGAUGUUGCAGCUGCCAAUUCUGCCUUUACCUUCCUCCGCAGCUUGGUCACUUCUUUGUCUGUUGUCAUCGGAGGUGUCGUACUCCAGCGAGGCCUUGGUUCGAGCUCAUUGACGGGUAACGGACACGUAUCCACGGGUGGCGGCGAGCAUGCAGAGAGAUAUGCAAAUGCAUUGAGCAACAUGUGGAUCUUUUACACAGCUUUCUGUGCAGUCAUGCUGCUCUCGACGGUAUGGAUCGGCAAGAUUGAUCUAAACGCGAAGUCUCGAAAGAGUGAGGAUACUGAUACAGUGGUAGAAGAGAUUGUAACGGUGCAGAAGGGUACAGAGAUGGGCACAGAGAUGACUGAGAGGAAGGCGGAGGUGUAG